AUGGCUUCGCCAGAGCGACGGAACAUGUCGCAUUCGGCGCUUCCAAUACAUGGCGGCUCCUCGAUGGGCUCGUAUGUACCAGUGGAUAUUACGCCGCCUCCUCGAUCAGCCAUUCCGCUGCAUAUUGACCGGAAGGUAGAGCCAGCCCCACCAGUAUCGAAUCCACGUUUGCGGCAGAAGUUUUCUAUGCCUAAUUUAUCGGGUUUGCGAAUAGGAUCUCCAAAGAGAAGAGAAAAACAGACCAAACCUACCGUGCCUGCUCCAAAACUUGAGGGCAGGAAGAACCGCGCUCUGGAGGCCCUCGAUAAAUUAUUAGAACAAGAAGCAUUUUCUCUUGCUGCGCUGGAGACAGACGAGUCAAACACAUCUGCAGAUCUAUUACCACCAUUUGAAGAAACUUCAAAUGUCCCCAAGUCUGUGGAUCGACGCCCAGGAACCCACCCAACGCGUACGGACAGCGCUGACCGGAAAGAGCCCAUGCUUAAAGCAGGAAUUCAUAGGCUCAGGGCUAGUAUAUCAGUGCAAUCGCUCAGAAUACCGGUUGAACCAAUGUCUCCAUCCGGAUCAAAUGGUAAAUUAACGGGCGAACGACCUCUUUUGGUUUCGCAAAAAUCGAGACAACCAGAACCAGGUCCCUCAUCCCACAUCCCAAGGAGCACAAGCCAGGAAAUCCCGAAAAUAUCCCGGACCACAUUAUCUGCUUCUGCGGAAAAGCUCAAUAGGCCUCAAAGUGUCGCCCAUAAACGCCUUAGCGCCGGAACAGGCGAGCAGAAGAGUCCGCAACGCCGAGCUUUGAAGCAGGAUCAACUCAAGCCCCCAACCAGAGCUCCUCCUCAACCACGUCUACGUUUAUCGAGCGGAUCAACCGAGACCAGACGUACCGAAAUCAAACCACCUGAGCUUCAUGCAGAUAGGCGAAUCCAAGAGCGACACAAUAAACUUAUUCCAUCAGAACCCAAGGAGCAAAUGCGGGCUAGAGUUUCGUCUGCAAAGGUAGCCCCACCGGGCCCUGUCAACCCUCCAUUCCAUAAGUUCAGAGGGAGUCAAAGUAUGGGUAACCUUGCAGCGGCUAAGGUGUCCCCCCAAGCCCCACCACUUCCAGACCAAGACAGGGCUCUAAAGCGCCCCGUCUUUCGACGAAAAUACACACCUGAACCAGCAAGAGGUUAUGAUUCAGUGCCUGGCUUGAAGAUGGCAAGCCAUCUGCAUAUGCGGACCUUACCCCAUUCUUCCUCUACGCAGCUUUCCAGCAUGAGCAGUCAAAAAGGGGUGAAUAGAUUUCCAUUAGAUCUUGCUCCACCUAAUUUCAGAGACUCUGGUAGGUCUACACCAGCGGCGCCUCCAAACAAUCGAUCGGAUAGCCCGAACUCACGUUCGUCAUCUGUGCGGUCGUUUUCGCGUAAACUUUUUAGUGCAUUGAAAAGCACAUCGCGAUCGUCGGCGAGAUCGAGUCGUCCAGCCACUCCUUCGUCGUCAAACUCCGCUCUUUCGAGAUCUAACACCGAGCUUUCUCUGUCUGAUGAACUCGAAGACUGGCCAGAGCCUGCCACCCAACUACCCCCGAUCGAAGUUCAGCAAAAUCUAGCUCGAUUGUUUAAAGUUUCGUUGCCACUGGUCGACAUUGACCCUAAUAUAACUACUAUUCCUGUCGAUGGUGCCAGCAUUGUGAAAUACGACAUGAAUUUGAGUGACUAUGAGCGCAACGAGAUCACCGAUUUUACCCACGCCUACUACACUGGCAGUCCUGGCCUCAUCAAGCCUCUUGAAACCGAGUUUAGGGAUAAAGAUGGCAACUAUCAGUUUGUGGAGCGAGACCACAUUGCAUACCGCUACCGAGUUGAAUCUCAACUUGGUGUCGGUUCGUUUGGUACUGUGCUACGUUGCCGCGACUAUCGCACCGGGCGCCUUGUAGCUGUGAAGGUUACUGCGAUCCGUAAAGAACUUGCGGGUCAAGCCAAAGUGGAGGCCGGCCUGCUAAGUACAUUGAAACGAGCUGGAUCCCCAGACCAAUAUCAUUUUGUCCGCAUUCUUAACAGCUUCAUGUUCCGGGGCCACAUGUGCAUUGUCACAGAGCUGCUAGGUGCGAACCUGUAUGAAGUGCUAAAGCGAAACAACUACCAGGGUCUCGCUAUGAGCUCAGUACAGUAUAUCACGAAACAAAUUUGUUGUGCACUACAAUUUUUGGAGACUCAGGGAAUUAUUCAUUGUGAUCUCAAACCUGAAAAUAUUCUCGUGUCUGAUGACGUGAACUGUCAAGUGAAGAUAAUUGAUUUUGGUUCUGGCUGUCAUGAAAAUAAGCGGGUAUUCACCUACAUCCAAUCCAGGUUUUACAGGGCCCCAGAAAUUUUACUUGGAGUUCCAUACACGCCGGCAAUUGACAUGUGGAGUCUGGGCUGUAUGGUGCCGGAGCUUGCUAUUGGCCGACCAUUGUUCCCCGGAGAGGACGAAAAGGACCAGAUCGCCCUUCUUUGUCAAACUCUUGGCCCGCCUGAAAUAGCGAUGUUGAUGCGGUGCUCACGCGGCCGACACUUUUUCGAUCCCCGCGGCCUACCCUUGACCCUCCGAUCGACCAAAGGGGUCAUGCGACGUCCACCGGGGUCGACUCCGCUUUCGAGUUUCCUGCCGCCGCUUGCAGCAGACUUUGUCAAUCAUCUAUUACAAUGGUCGCCUCAGCGUCGAUUGAGUGCUAGUGGUGCUUUGAACCAUGGCUUUUUAUCAAGCGUUUAA